AUGCGCCUUGCUGCGCGAGUACCCCGAACGUUGACCAAGCUUGUCGGGCUCAUUGGCGUCAACAGCAGCGUCUUUGUCCGUUGGCCAUCGUUCAUCUUCGUUGCUGUCCUCAACCUGUCUAAUGGCGGCACCUGGGGCUUGGUGGUCGGCCUCAUUGUCAGUAUCGUCUUCAUGAUACCUUUGUACAUCAGCUUGGCCGAGAACAUCAGAAAGUAUCCCACUGCUGGCGAUUCGCAACGAUCUCUUCUCGAUCAUCAUUUCGACAAACACAUGAACAUUCCAGAAACGCUUAUCAUUGUGAUUCAUGUCGUGGCCCACUUGCUCAUCAUCUCAACACUCGCGGUUGGAGUCGGCUCCGGCACUGUCACACUGAAUUUUGAGUUCUUCACACAAACUCGCUGGUCGGCCAGCUUUGGCUCUGUAAUUGGUAUCAGCUACGUUGUGGGAGUGUUUUCCGGUUUCGACUCUGUCAGCAAUCUGGGUAAGCUCAUUAUCUCUUAA